GCCAAAGAUAUCUGUUCAGAGAGUAUAGCCAAAGUCAUAUAUAAAAUGUCACUUUUAUCCUACCUCUAUCUCAAAUUCAUUGCGGUUGUAUUCAGAACACUGUCCAGAUUGAAGGGAGACAUAAGCCUUAUUUCCCACCCCGAUGCUGUCCGCCUCAUUCCAUCAAGGGAUAGUCAGCGCACCAUCAAGGCUCACUUCUACCGAUCGGCCCUGCGUACCACCCAACCCACUCCGCUGCUGAUCAAUUUUCACGGCAGCGGGUUCAUGAUUCCAGCCCUCGGCAGUGACGACGCUUUCUGUCGCCAGAUCAGCCAAGAGACGGAGUACUCUGUUCUCGACAUCGCGUAUCGACUUGCGCCCGAGGACCCUUUCCCGGCGGCUGUCCACGACGUGGAAGACGCUGUCAAAUGGGCGCUUCGCCAGUCCGACGAGUUUGACGCUUCCUGCAUCGCAAUCUCGGGAUUCAGUGCGGGGGCUAAUCUGGCUCUGGUCGCAUCCUCCACUCUCUUUCCUCCAGAGACAUUCCAAUCCGUUAUCGCGUUUUACCCCUGUCUGGAGUUCUUCCAGGAUCCGCGUGCUGUCGUUGCCCCGGAAGCUGGUGGGCGACCAAUCCCCCCGUUCGUCUUGUCCACCUUCAAGCAGUGCUAUCUCCAAGGAGGCGUGGAUCCCAGGGAUCCCCGCGUCUGUCCCUCUUACGCGGACUUGGAUCGAUUCCCGCGGAGCGUGCUCGUGAUAACGGCUGGAUAUGAUAGUCUAGCACUCGAAGGGGAGAAGCUCGCCGUCCGGCUUUCAGAGCGCCCCGGUCGCCAGGUUGUGUGCGAGCGCAUGGAGAAGUGCAAUCAUGCCUGGGAUAAAUUGGCCCAGAAGGGAACGCGCGAGUGGGGCCUCAAGGAGAGGGCGUAUAAACUGGCAAUCGACAUCCUGCAACGGUGAUCCCAGUAGGUGUCAAUUUUUUGUGUCAGAAGUAUAUCUUGGGGAAUGAAUAUUGUGUAACUAGUGAUUCCCAUCAUCCAAGUACCGUUAGGGUUGUCUUAUUUGCGGCGAAAAGAUAUAUAUAUCCGGCACCGGUAAGCGAGACUGAUGCGAACCUAAUUCUGUGGGAAAUAA